CGCAAUGACGCUGUCGGUGUGUUUGAUUGGUAAGCUUAAUGUGUUCAUCUCACAGAACGCACUGCAACUGCCUCUGCAACGCAAUGCUGCAAGGAAAACGUAGCGUUCCAUUGGAAAUGAAUGUCCUUCUGGUGUACCGAAAUGCAAUUCCCUCUCGGUGUGAUCGAGGCGUUAAGCUUGAAGAUGCUACAGGAUGAGGAGAGAAGAGGGCGAGUUUAAUCCAUCAGAUUCCAACCUGACUGCCAUGAUGGAGGACAACAUUUAAUGGACAACAUUUAAUGAGAAUACUUUAAUAUAUCCCUAUAGUGCACUUUCGGCUUACUCGAAAAGGAGAAAUUUAAAUACGAGCUCGUCCGCGGGACUGCUUAAUUGGAGAAUUUCUGGAACUUUCUUUUGAAUAUUGCCUGGCUGAAAGCAAGACAGUGCUGUGGACACACAACCUCUGACAUCACGGAUUUACGCAGCGCUUGUUGACGAUCAGCGAGGCUGUGGGAGAUCCUUCCCAGUCACUCUGUGGUUGGUGAAUACGGUGUCCAAGAAGACCGCCUCUCACCGCGUCUGUCCAGUGCGUAAAAGCGUGUAAGGCGUCUCAGAGAGGAGUUACCGGGAUGAAAACGAAAAACAGCUUUUUGCGAUUUUGCUGAAUUUUACAAGGGGAUUAUCCACUGUUCUGUUGCCUGCCUGCUUGCCUGCCAAUUUGGGUCACCUGCUUAGCUCCAAGGCGCUUUUAUUAGGCUCCACAUUCCUGCCCAGUGUUGAAUUAAUCUUUAGCCUUCAUGUCGCAUUGGAAUAAUUUCAUCUAUCAUGGAUUUGAUUUUCUUUUACAAAGUCACCGUUGAGGCUCGGUUAGACAUCCUAUAGAUUCGGACACUGUAAGCUACCAUCGAACUUACCCAUAUAGCGCAACAUCAGCAGGGGAACAUGGCCAAAAAUGCCCCGGGCGGACCGUUGCGGGAUGACUUGAGCAAGCUCUCCGGCGAGGAGCUCUCCAGGCUCGGCAAAGACGAGCUGAUCAGGAGGCUACGGAAAACGGAUAACGAGAAAAUGUACUUAAUGGUGGAGCACGGGAACAUGAUGAAAGAUGUGAACCGGAGACUACAGGUCCAUCUUCACGAGAUCCGCAGCCUCAAAGAGAUCAACCAGAAGCUUCAGGAUGAUAACCACGAGCUCCGGGAGCUCUGCUGUUUCCUGGACGACGACCGACAGAAGGGCAAGAAGCUGUCCCGGGAGUGGCAACGCUUCGGCCGCUACACCUCCGGAUCGAUGUGGAAGGAUGUCGGGGUGUACCAUCAGAAGCUGAAGGAUCUGGAAGCCAACCAGGACUCUGUGAUGCGGGAGAACCUGGAACUGAAGGAGAUCAUUCUGAUGCUGGAUGAGGAGAGGAACGUAGCCGGGUCACGGAGCUCCAUAGAUUCCCAGUCCAGCCUGACCAACCUGAACGGGGGCACGGGAACCGUUAGGGACGUCGGGGAUGGGAGCAGUACCUCCAGCACCGGCAGCGCCGGUAGUCCUGACCACCACCACAACCACAUACACAAGCCAAACGAGGGAAAAAUAGCAUCCCUGCGGAGGUCUAUGGACGACCUAUCGCUGGCGUCACACAUCCACCUGCGCAUCCGUAAUGGCCUGAAUGAUCCAUCUUCAAACUACAUCAGGCAACUGGAGACCAAGGUCAGCAUCCUAGAGGAUGACAACAAGCAGCUGCUAUCACAGGCUAACAGUGGUGAUCUGAACAGUCUGAGGAAGGGUCUGUCUCUCUACCACUCUGAGUCUCAGCUCUCCUCUCUCACACAGUACCAGCAGGAUGCCAUGCAGAAUGGCUCCGGUAGGACCCCUAGUGGUGAGCCGUCCCCCCCAGCAGACUACCUCCCUGUGGGCCAGAAGCCCGAGGCUGUGGUCCAUGCCAUGAAGGUGCUGGAGGUCCAUGAGAACCUGGAGAAGAAGAUCCCUGAAGACUACGACAAGGACCUCAGUGAGAAGGAGAAGGCCAUCGUCAGGGAGAUGUGUAACGUGGUGUGGCGUAAACUGGGUGACGCUGCGGGCUCCAAGCCUUCAAUCCGCCAGCAUCUCUCUGGGAACCAGUUCAAAGGGCCUUUGUAGUCCCUAGGACGACAUUAACCAGCACUCAAACGAGACAAACGGACAGACAAAUAAAUAAACAACAACAACAAUGGAUCCUCAGCACUGACUGGACAAAGGGGCACAUCUCAAAUGACCCUCUCCUACUCUCUCAGCACUAUGACCGUGGCUAGAUGAUCCAGACAGCCCCUAACCUAAACCCAGCCCACUGCCUCUGCAUCUGUGAUAUCCAUCUUUAGCCUCCCUUAACCUCAUGCCCUGGUGGAUAUUGGAAUGGUGACCUGACCUGGGUAGUGGCUACAAACAAUUUCAGAUUAGGGCAAAACAGACCGUGGCGACGAACGCUUUUGGAAACAGCGGGUGGCCGUCCUAUCGCCUCCACAGCACAACAGAACAUCUGACUUCAUUUUCUGUUCAAUGCCUGACUAUUCUAAAUGUUGAAUGGCCACCGUCAGUUGACAGUUAUGGUGUGUUUUUAAAGAAGAGGAAGAUGAGGGGAGGAUAGGGGCAUGAAGCAUGAAUUACCAACUAAACUGCCCCUUACAACCUCACAACCAGUCACUACAGUACUGAGCUACUAUACCUGUGACCUGUUCUACAGUACUACACCUGCCAUCCCAACCAGACACUACAGUACUGAGCUACUAUACCUGUGACCUGUUCUACAGUACUACACCUGACAGUCCCAACCAGUCACUACAGUACUGAGCUACUAUACCUGUGACCUGUUCUACAGUACUACACCUGACAGUCCCAACCAGUCACUACAGUACUGAGCUACUAUACCUGUGACCUGUUCUACAGUACUACACCUGACAGUCCCAACCAGUCACUACAGUACUGAGCUACUAUACCUGUGACCUGUUCUACAGUACUACACCUGACAGUCCCAACCAGUCACUACAGUACUGAGCUACUAUACCUGUGACCUGUUCUACAGUACUACACCUGACAGUCCCAACCAGUCACUACAGUACUGAGCUAGAGUCCAACACCAUCUCCACCCAAUGUCUCUUUUUGUGUUUGUAAAUGUUCACCUACCAAGUGUUCAAGACUGACAACCACUCUAGGACGGACUAUUCUACUACAGGCCCUGUUCUGUUCUUGACUUUGCUUCCAUGACUUCUCCACAGGCAACUGACUGACAACUGCUGACAACCUACUUUUAAUAUGAGGAAAAAUCCUGGAAAUGUUCUGAUGUAAUUUCCUUUGGUGUAUAGUCACAAGCCAUAGGUUUAUAUGACUUGAAACCUAGCUGCUCUAGCCUACUGUUUAAUAGUGUAGUCCCCCUUUUGCCUGAGCAAGAAGUAUGUGUUCAAGUGUAGACAGAAUUUAUUUCAAAGUGUUUAACUAAAUUCUAGCACCAAGUCCGUUAUGUGUAAUAAAAUAUAGCCCUGUUUAAAAAAAGUUAUAAUUGAAGACCAUGUUUGUUUGCGCCUCAAGUGGAACCCUAUUCCCUAUACCAACACUAUAUAGGCAUUAGGGUGCCAUUUCGGAUGCACACAUUGUAACUAAGUACAGAAAGUGGAACACUGAGAUCAGUUUCAUACCCUGUGUUUCAAAGGUUUCCUCCCAGGCAGAAAGCUUAUAGCCUGGGUAGGGUCUGUUUAUGCUGUCCUGCCAACUCCUAGAAUUGUUAUGCCAAAAAUGUUACAUUUUAGUCAUGUAGCAGGCACUCUUUUCCAGAGCAACUUACAGAGCAACUUACAGUAGUGAGUUCAUACAUUUUCUCAUACGGGUCCCCUGUGGGAAUCAAACUCACAACCCUGUUGUUGCAAGCACCAUGUUCUACCAACUGAGCCAUACAGGGCUUGACAAUGGCUGCAAUGGAGUUGGCAAAGGACAAACAGUUCUCGGACCAGGCUUGAAAGCUUAGCCUGUCAGACUAUUAACUGAAACCUUAAGUCGAGGAAGACUUUUGGUUCAUGCAUAAUAUAGUGUCGCUUCUGAUGAUUGAUCAUGGAUUAGAAAGUCAGGAUCUUGCUAGAUGGAAGUGGACUUUGAAUGCACAAUCUGAAUUUCUAAUGUAUGACAAUCGUUGAAACGGUUUUGAAAACAACUGUUAUUUUGACCAGUCCUAAGUAUUCCUCUAUGAGCUCUUAUAGGAAGCAUACCUUAUGAAGUCUCAUUGGAGACUAUGUAUACUAUACGAGGUCUCUUAGCUGGGUCCGAUGUAUACUUUAUAAGGUGUCUUAGCUGGCGCGUACAUUAUGAUGUGUUAGGCCCAAUGUGUGCUCUAUGAAGUCUCAGAGAUGAUCACUGUGCACAAUGAAGUCUCCUAGAGUCCCUAUGUCUGCUCUAUAAAGCCUCAUAGCUGUCAUCUCCAUAGUAGCACUUCAGUGUACAAUCCACUGAUACGCGCCGAUUAUGUGGACAUCGAUUAAGGCAGCCUCCCCACCUCUCUGAUUCAGAGGGGUUGGGUUAAACGCGGAAGACACAUUUCAGUUGAAUACAUUCAGUUGUACAAUUGACAAGGUAUCCCCCUUUCCCUUUCCCCUUCCCCUUUCCCCCACUGCGUAGCUAAAUUAAGCUUCAUAGCUGUGUUCUAUACUCUGUGGCACCUCCUAGCUGAUUGCUGUGUAUUUGAGUUAUCUCAGUAUUGUAUGGUGAGGGCUAAUAGAUAAGCUACAUAACAUUGCCAUGAGACUGACACAACAGAUGACAUAACAGAUGUCAUUAAGAGUUAUAGCAAUAUAACAAACAGAUGUCAUUAGGAGUAAUAACAUACACUACAUGAGCAAAAAUAUGUGGACACCUGCUCGUCGAACAUCUCAUUCCACAAUCAUGGUCUUUAAUAUGGAGUUGGUCCCCUCUUUGCUUCUAUAACAGCCUCCACUCUUCUGGGAAGUCUUUCCACUAGAUGUUGG